AUGACGGAGGUGUUGCCAGAGAAAAACGAGGAGUACGGAACCAGGGAAUACUGGGAUAAGCGUUACAAUCAAGAGGCUGAAGACAGCUCCUUUGACUGGUUCAAGAAAUAUGCAGACAUUGAGGACCUCAUCGAGGAGCUGAUCCCGGACAAGACCUCGAGAAUCCUCAUGCUCGGUUGCGGAAACUCGACCUUGUCAGAAGAUAUGUACGAUGAUGGUUACAAGACCAUUGUGAACGUCGAUGUAAUCUCCGUCUCCCCUUCGCCUCCCGGCUCUCAAAGCUCACAUCACCCACAGUACUCCGGCAUACUCAUCGAGAAGAUGCGUCACAGGUAUGAACAAGCUCGGCCCGAAAUGACUUGGCACGAAAUGGACGUCAGAGACCUGGAGUUCGACUCUGAGUCAGUAGACGUCGCGAUCGACAAGGGUACGAUGGACGCGAUGAUGACGGCCAAGGCAGACGUCUGGGAUCCGCCAAAGGAGGUCAUUGAGAACUGUACUCGAGAAGUAGACGAAGUUCUUCGAGUCCUUCGACCAGGCGGGAUCUUCCUCUACUUGACCUUCGGCCAGCCGCAUUUCCGCAAGCGAUAUCUCACUAGACCCGGUACGAAGCUUGAGGUGCGGCAGCUGGGAGAGGCAUUCCACUAUUACUUGUACAUUCUCCGACGGGACUGA